AUGGAUCCAUCAUUAUCUAGAGCUCUACUCGAGCUAUCUCCCAGCUCACCCAAACGAAACUCACCCAAUAUUUCUCCUUUUUCCAAGAAUAAUCAACACCAUCCAGAUUCAUCUCCGUUUCAAUCUUCACCAUUUGCCGCUUCUGCUGAUGGAAAUUCCUCACCAAGACUUUUCUGGCAAGUUCGUGAUUCUGCAUCUCCUAGCCGCUACCACACCGAAAACUUUUUUGCUGGUAGAGAAAGCUCACCAUCUCCCACACGAAGAACAUCCAUCGAGAAGCUUCAGCGUGCGUCUCGUGUCAAAAACAGCACCAUGUUUGCCCGAGAGCAGAAACAAGAGUACGAUCCCACAUCAAUACCUGUUGUAGAAAGACCUCUGAUCAAGUCCCUGCACGGUAACGCACAUGGAGGGUUCCGUAUAGAAGGGUUUCGUAACUCAGGUUGCUUCAAUUCUCCGAGACACCGCCGUGAUAGUGUCAUAAGCAAUCCUGGUCAUAGUCCUAGCUCUACCAUCUCUAGAUCACCAGCCAAGACUACAAGCGGAAUGCCACAAAAUAUUGUGAGCAUGAACCAACCAUCGCCAACAAAAUCAUCUCUCGCCACAGCUCGCUAUAAGAUGAGUGCGGAAUCUGAGUUCGGAAAUAUCUCAGAAGAUAUAUCCUUAGAAAGAGUGGAUAUUCCACCAGGUCACAAGCUGCAUCGCCACGCCAAGAGUGUUACCUUUGAUGAAGCACCUCCUCAAGUACAAGAGUUUGAAGCUACCACGCCUGACAUUUCAUCCAUCGGUACUGAAUCAAGGGAGAAUAGUUUCGAUUCGGCUGACAGUGAUUACGAUAAAAAUCAAGAAUUUCAAAUAUAUGAUGAAGAUGGGGAUGAUGGCUUCCACGAUUCAGACUCUAUAGAGCAAGACAAUAGCUUCGACGCCUCACUCGAGGAUAUCGAGAAGACCCCAGUCAUGGAGCCAGAUGAUUGGCCUUGUCCCACCACAGAACAACAGGAUGAGAAUUCUCCGAGUGAAAAGAAUAAAGAUACAUGUACGACCAUCGACGAAAUUUCCAGGCCUGAAUCUCGCCGGUCUUCCAAAUUCAGACCGUCAAUGGAAUGGAACAACCUAACACGCCCGAACACUGAAAAGCGACCCUUACCGCCAAUUCCGGGAGCCUCUCCAUCGAAAAGGUAUGGUAGUCCAGGAUCACCUAGAUUAUCUGCACAGAACGAAUCCGUGGACUCAUCUCCAAAGAGCUUGGGUUAUAACGCGUCUCAACUUUUCAAUCUAAACGAUCACCCUAUGCUAGACCGAGGAAAGGUCUCAUUGGACGAGAAAUUGAGAUACAUUGCCAAUCCUGGUGCAGAGAGUCACAGAAACGACGCUGUGACUCAACGGGAUAGAAGAAUGAGAAGAGCUGGUACAAAAGAUAGGAGUAGUCACACACCUGAGCGCGAAGUUCAAUCCACAAAGGUUCAUGAAGAUCUGAACAUCCUCCAUCAGUGCUCCGAUCCAGUCCGCGAACAACUUCAAACGGCAAAUUUCCAGGAAUCACACCUAUAUAACAACGAGGAUCGGUCUCACAGAGAUAUUUCACCGCAACUUCAUACCCAAACGAAGGCUCCAACCUCAUGUCCCGACUACUCUUUCACUGACCCAGACAUACCUAUCCCAUCAACCGAAGUUGACGAUUACCUAGAUGAAGACUGUGAAGGUGAAAGUGUUAUCAUCAAACAAGAACAUGAUGAAGAAAGCGAACUAAGCAUAUUUGAUAUGCCGGAAAUCCUCGAUGGAAUUACAUCUAUUCAAGACAACGAGGAGGAGUCUAUUCAUGGAGCAGAGCUCUCUGAAAGCCAAUAUUCCGAGCCAACGCCCAUCAACCAGUCUCCCGCCGAUUCCUCGAGAUUCAGAUUCAGCAACCAGCUGACUACACCUCCGGUUAGUCCUUCACUAAGGUUUAAACCUUCCAAUGACGCAGAAGAAGAAGGAUUCAGUCUUUCCCCCGAUCCGAAGAGCUCCAGUACUUACGACAACAUGCGAGCAUGUCGAUCACACUCCUUCCCCGACAGCCCCGAGUCCGAUAACCAGCUUAUUAAUGACCCAGAGCAUAAUGACGAUAAAGAUGGUCACUAUGCACGGUCGGAGACUCCUCAAGAGCAAAUUAGUCCAUUAAAUCCAAACUUAUCUGAUACUGAUUCCGAGGACGAAUUUAUAAUGGGGACACCAGAAUCAGUUAUUCAUCACCCCGUUCAUAGCAUAUCACCGUGCGAGUCUCCCAGUAUCCCGGAACAAGUAGCGACAAUCAAGUCUGCGUCGGGGUCGAAUAAGCUCAAAACUAGGCCUUCUGCAACUUCUGUUGAGAUUGAAGCCAUGCUUAACUCACGAAAUAACUUAGGGUCCGACGUACCGUUUGUUCCACCCAUUCCGAACAGGCACCGAGACCGACCAAUGAGUCUCGACCGUGGCUUCGCUCAAAAAGCGGAAAGGUUCUCUGAUCGUAAGCCAAGUUAUAAGAGAUCCCUGACGUUAGAUAUCGGCAACGAUAUUGCCACGGAUCUUGAUAAUAACUUGAACCGUGUCGUCGAAGCCCAAAAGCGUGGAUAUUUGAUGAGACAAAACACCAAGAUAGUCGUCGCUACGAGUGAUAACAGAAACAGCCCUCAUCCUAGGCCCCACUCUACCAAUAACUCGCCAAUUAAGCCAGAAGCUCCCCAAUCAUGGACAGUUGAGCCUUGGAUUGGUAAAAUGCGUAAGAGCAGUGCUCAGUCCAAACCUCAAUCCGGAAGACAGCAACCGUCAUGCCAAGCACCUGUUGCUCCUGACACCGAGGUAAACGCCAACGGAUCACAGAAAGACUUAGGAAAGGAUUUAGAAGAGGAGCACGUUGAUGAAGAACACGAAAGAGGAAGACUUUUCGUCAGGGUACUCGGCGUAAAAGAUCUCAAUUUACCUCUCCCACCAAGUGAAAAGACAUGGUUCAGUUUGACUCUCGACAAUGGUGUACACUGUGUCACAACAGCCCUACUUGAACUUGGGAAAAACGCACCUAUAGGCCAGGAAUUCGAACUUGUAGUCCCUAAUGACUUGGAAUUCCAGCUCACCUUAAAUGCGAAGCUUGUCAAGCCUGUCAAGGCAAAAGACACUGAACCACCGACCAAAGCCUUCAAGGCACACAAGCCGUCGACAUUUAGCCGAGUCUUCUCCUCUCCCAAGAAACGUAAAGAGCUCGAGGCCCGACAACGAGAGGAAGAAAAAAUGUACGCAAAGAUGAAGGAAAAAGAAAUACGUGCAAAAAAAGCUUCCUACCAGCCAACGGCAUGGGAUCUUCUUUCGCCCCUCGCUGCCGAAGAUGGCAGCUUCGGAAGGUCUUAUGUCUGUCUUAAGGACCACGAGUCUCAAUGCUUCGGUCGUCCUCUAACUGUAGAGGUUCCAUGCUUCAAUGAAUGGGCAACGGAACAACUGCAACAGUCGUCAAGUAUCAUGAGUAAGCGCAGCUCUACAAUUGUCCAGCGCAGAGCCCCAUACAAGGUUGCAAAAUUGGAACUACAACUACUCUUUGUCCCAAAGCCAAGGGAUGCAACUGAUGAUGAUAUGCCAAAAAGCAUGAAUUCAUGCAUCAGAGAAAUGAAAGAAGUUGAAAUGAUGCUCACUCGAAAUUGGGAAGGCCAUCUAAGCCAACAAGGAGGUGACUGUCCCUAUUGGCGACGUCGUUAUUUUAAGCUCUGCGGAAGUAAAUUAACUGCAUAUCAUGAAACAACUCGUCAGCCACGUGCAACAAUUAAUUUAGCCAAUGCUUGCAAGCUUAUAGAUGAUCGGACAAUCCUCACCCAAAAAGAGACGAUUGGCCGUGGUGGUAAGCGGCGAAAAUCUGGAUUCGCUGAGGAAGAGGAAGGUUACAUGUUUGUCGAAGAAGGCUUUCGUAUUCGCUUCAAUAAUGGCGAGGUAAUUGACUUCUAUGCCGACACUUCAGUGGACAAAGAAGGGUGGAUGAAGGCUCUAGAUGGCUGUAUGGGACGAGAAGCCGAUGUCAACACACGAAGCUGGUGCUCUAUGGUCCUCCAACACGAACAUCGGCAUAAGCUAAAGGCAUGA